CAUCUACGGCGCCUCAGAAUAAAGCCGCGUUGGCUUUGGUAUUCUGAGCUGCUUUUACCUUCACUUAAUACCACGGUGAGAUCUGAUCAGAGAAGCAAAACCUGUUAUUUAUCGUAAGAAGGCAUUGGUUGAUAUGAUACAGCGCUGCUCUUUUUUUUUUUUUUUUUUUUUCUAAUAUUUUUACGAGAGGCAAACGUUCUUUCUCCACUGUCAGUCUUCCAGCUGUACUGGCUUUUGAGAUUCAAAUUGAAAUACAAUUUAAACAAUACUAUAAAAUGAGCUGGCGUAUUACAUGUUUCUGACAUUCAGUACUCCGACUUGCUAUGCUAUUUUCAUUUAUUUUAUUUUUCUGUGACAUGAAAUGACCUUUAUACAUUUUUAUACGUACCAUAACCUCGUUUUGUCUUUUAUUUUUAUGACUUUUCUGUAACCAUACUAGUUUUUCAACCACCUAUUCUGACUUUUUUUAUGACCUUUCAACGGUUUGUAUUCCCCUCUAGUGUCAUAUAAAGUAAUAUCCUUUAGACAACCUGCGGUGGAACAUUUUUAGCUAUAAUUUCCGCAUGAAAUAAUUGGUUUAUUAGUUCUUUGAGGCCACGUGAAACCGUUGAUGAAACUGCAACCCAAGCGCACUAUUUCCUGGAGACGCUUCCUUUCUGUUGAUAACGAGCCUCGACACCACGGUUGGCCGCUUGAAACGGAGAUACCGAUUAGUAGAUUACCGCGGUUGUGGGUGCCAUGACGACCAGGGCUCGUGUGUCUUAAGGAGAGCGCUGCUCUCCGAUUGGCUAACCGCCCGAGGACACAAAGUCCCUCGUGCAGGUGACCCACAGCCGCUCAGUCACUCGCCUGCAGAAGAUGGAUAGCUGAAGACUAAUGCUCGGGGAUUCUAACAGACAAACUCAUCUGUCUGGGCUACUGAAGUGAAAUAGGGCACGAAGAUGCCCAAAAGUGACACGUGGCCCGGUGGCGUUGGAUUGGAGACGACGACGGGCAUGGACAGCGCGGGCAGCUGUGACAGCGUUCUCAGCACCAACUCGGGCUUUAGUGAUGACAGUCUUGACCACCUGUCUGCGGAGGAGAAGGCCUGUCUCAUGUUUUUGGAGGAGACCAUCGAGUCUUUGGACACUGAAGACGACAGCGGACUGUCCAACGACGAAACGGAUCAGCUGCCCAGCCCCGGCAACCUCGCCAACAAAGUGGCUGACCUGUCGGCCUCCAUGAGCAAGGCUUCACAGAAACACGCAUCUCAGGAUUCCGUACAGCAAUCUGCUGGUGCCAAACCCAUGCAGAGCUACCUGGUUCCCACGCCUCUCGUUGUGGCGAGCGGCUCUCCCGGUUCCGCACUAAACGCGAAGGGACGAGUUCCUCCAGCCAAAAACGUCAGCUUCAACUUCCCCCCUCCGAUCAACAGAUCGGAUCACGAACACAACCAGAAACCUGCCGCUUCACAAGUACCUCUCGAGGUGAACGUUGUGAUAUCUCCUCCUACCAAACCCAGGGACUACUCGGUUAGGAAAGCUGAAGGUUUACCUCGAGGUCCUCUGUCCUAUGAGGCGCUCGUUCAUCUGCGGCGCAGUGCCUCCACGAAGAAGACGCCUCUCUGUCCGACAAUUGACCACACUAUAGACUUUGACAAGCGCCCUCCUGUUACAGCGCAAGGCCCAAAACUUGUAUUUCCUCCACGAACUGACAGAUUCCAGUCAGAGGCUCACAAGCCCAAGACUGGUCCUCCGGUUGUUGGCCCCAAACCUAAAAAGGUCCAUGCCAACUUACCUGGGAAACCACCAAACGAAGCAUCCAUUACCUCAACGUCUUCUUUUAAUAUCAAGAAUGCAUCAGAUCCGCAGGUGGUCAGACUGGAAGCUUUACAGAAGCUUGGUCUCCUGGAAGAGCAGCAGCCCAAAAAUCAGUCGGUCGCCCCACUUUUGGACCCAAAACCCAACAGAUUCCCAAGAGGUCCGUCUCACAUCAAUUCAUCCAGAAGCCCCUCGUUCUGUUGUCCUCAAGGGCCCCCAGGGCCCAAGAACAGGCCUCUGCAGAGCAGCGCCAGCUUCCACCAGGACUCCCGGCGCGAGGGUCCCACACAGCCGGCGCCCGCGUCGGAUCCCACUCAACCCGGCAGAGGGAGGGCCGCCGGGCUGGAGCGCUCCGUCACCCUGGACAACCACAGAAACGGGGGAACCUGCCAGCCCCGCAAAGCCUCGAACUCCGUCGGGUACACGGUGAUGGUGGUGCCCGGCAUGGGAGCGGACCGCAAAGAAGCCCUCAGAAAGCUCGGACUGCUCAAGGACUGAACGGGGCGGGCAGCGGCAGCUUCGCAACCAGUUCACGUACCGCCGGCUUAAAAGUUACAGCAUAAAAGUGGCACAAUGACUGCAGACUAGCGGAGGAGGAAGAAGGGGAAGAAUUUAAAGGGCAACAACAGCACUUUUGAUAAAUGUUUUAACACCACAUUCACGUACUUGAGGACAGUUUUUUUUAUCCUCCUGUUUAAAUUAAAAAGAAGCACUUUGCACAUUUCAAACCUCUACGUGUUUGAUUAAAAUCCUACGUUCAUGUUAUUCCAUCUUGUGUUAUGCUCGCUUUAACAAAUUUCAGUUACGACUUGACUCAACGUGGGACCUGAUGAGCGUAAGACUGCAUACAAUUUAUUUUAAAUACGUCUUUGCAUCCACAUUUAUGGCUUUAAUAAAUUGUAAUAAUCCUAUUAGACACUGAAGUGAGCCGGAUUGUAACUUUCCAUUGAUCUUCCUCAUACUGCUCUUAACAUGCUGCUCCACUGUUCUUCUACUUGGAGAAACAUGAACCCAAACCAAAAGAUCUGAUUGUGUAAAACUAUAGUUCCCAGAUGUGCCUUUAAGUGGAGUGCUGAGUGCAUUCCUCUGAUCAAAGCCUCAAACUAUUGUAAAACUAAUUUUAAAAGUGUUUUGGGUUUCAUUUUAAUUCUUUUUAAUGUUUUCUAAUAUUUCAUAACAAUUGGCAGUACGUUAUUAUGGAGAUCUGAUACAUCAAUAACUCACUUUUUAUACAAAAUGUUUUAAAUUAUUUUGCAAAGGAUUGAGAUGUUCAUCCAGAAAAAUGUCAUUAUUUUUACCCACUCUGAAUAAAUAAAGAAGUCUGCAUUACUUAAACUUG